GUGUAGAGAGAGAAACACAAGAGAGAGAGAGAGUAACUGUGUGAGUGCGUGUUUUUUGGUGGGUGUUUGAGUGCGAGAGUGUGUGUGGAUGGAUAAUCAAAGAGAGCAAGAAGGAGAGGUCAGGAUUUAUUUAAGAAAAUCUUGAAGAAAAGGUAAACCCAAAACCCCUUAUCCUAUCUCUCUAUCUCCUCUUCUCCAAAACCUUCACAAAGUUUGAUUUCCUUCACCACUUUCUUUCUAUCCCCAAAAGUUUUGCUUCUCACCACUCUCUCUUUCAUCCCCUUUCUCUCUCAUCUCAUCCUUCUGCAUGCCCACAAACACUUCUUAGCUCCACUACUUUCUUGUAAUCACCAUUUCCAGAAUCAUCAAACUCCCUUUGAUUUUUGCUUCUUUUAGCUUAUUAACCCCCCAAGAAAAAAAAAAAAAAGGAAAAGAAAAAUGGCCCCAAGAUCCAGUAGGGGCAAAGGCAGCAAAUCCAAAAAUGAGAAGAAGAAGAAAGAGGAGAAGGUUGUACCAAGUGUUGUUGAUAUCACAGUCAUCACUCCUUAUGAAUCUCAAGUUGUUCUCAAGGGCAUCUCAACUGAUAAGAUACUUGAUGUGAAGAAGCUGCUGGCUGUCAAUGUUGAGACCUGCCAUUUCACCACCUACUCCCUCUCCCAUGAGGUUAAAGGGCAGAGGCUGAGUGACAAGUUGGAGGUUGUGAGCCUCAAGCCAUGUCUGCUCAGAAUGGUUGAAGAGGACUAUGCGGAUGAGUCACGUGCGGUAUCCCAUGUGCGGAGGCUGCUCGACAUCGUCGCGUGCACGACGCGCUUCGCCAAGCCUAAGGGCGGCGGAGGAGUAACGGAGUCUCGGUCGAAGAAAACUAAAGUCCAGCAGAGCACGGCAGUGCCGGAUGGAGAGUUGCAGUCGCCGGAGACGACGCCGCCGCCGAUAUCUGGGUGUUAUGAUAUGGCGGCGAUUCACCCGAUUCCGAAGUUGUCGGAUUUCUACGAGUUCUUCUCUUUCUCUCACCUGUCUCCACCCAUACUACAUUUGAAGAGAGUGGAAACUAAAGACGGAGAAACGCGGAGAGAUGGUGAUUAUUUCGAAAUGCAGAUAAAGAUAUGCAACGGGAAGAUAAUACAAGUGAUGGCCUCCGUGAAAGGGUUCUACACUUUAGGGAAACAAUUUUUGCAGAGCCAUUCUCUGCUGGAUCUUCUGCAACAGCAAAGUCGAGCUUUUGCCAAUGCGUAUGCAUCUUUGAUGAAAGCUUUUGUGGAACACAAUAAGUUUGGUAACCUUCCAUAUGGUUUCCGUGCCAAUACCUGGCUUGCCCCUCCAUCUACUGUGGAUUCUGCAUCAAACUUUGUGCCCCUCCCGAUAGAGGAUGAGAAUUGGGGAGGAAAUGGUGGAGGCCAGGGAAGAUUAGGAGAAUAUGACCGUAGACUGUGGGCAACCGACUUUGCGAUAUUGGCAAGCCUACCUUGCAAAACUGAAGAAGAGAGAGUGGUUCGAGAUAGAAAGGCAUUUUUGGUUCAUAAUCUUUUUCUGGAUGUCUCCACUUUUAAAGCUGUUUCAUCCAUACAGAAAGUGAUAAAUUCUGCUGCUAAGGCUACAUCAAAUUUUCGUCCGGGUUCUGUUGUACAUGAGAGUCGCAUUGGAGACCUUUCUAUUACAGUUAAAAGAGAUGAUGCAGAUGCAAGCUUGAAAAGGGAACUCAAGAUUAUUGGCAGUAAAACCUUUGAUGAAUCUGCCAAGGAAGUUUCUCAGAGAAAUCUACUUAAAGGAGUAACCGCUGAUGAAAGCGUAGUUGUACAUUUUAAGAGUAAUGCUCAAUCAGCCAUGUGCCGGAUCAGCAGUCAGAGGCCAAAAUCUUCAGCCUAAUUUGAUGGAUCUUGGAACUUCAAGAUGUCUGGUCCAGAAAGUAAUAAAAGAUAGCCUGACAAAGCUAAAUGAUAAUCCUGCUACAGCAGAAAGUUGUAUCAGAUGGGAACUUGGUUCUUGUUGGGUGCAGCAUCUACAAAAGCAGGAAAAGCCAGCACAUAACAGUUCUGGAAGUCAUAAGGAAGAUAAUAAGGUGGAAACAGUGGUUAAAGGACUUGGGAAAGAAUUUAAAAUGCUAAAGAAGAGGGAAAAGAAAAUCUCAAGUGCUAGCGAGGAGGAGGAAAGUGAUGCCGGAUCCAGCAGCUUAAACACGGAGAACAACAGUGAGGGGAACAAAAUCUGUGAGUCUGACUCUGAGUUGCUGAAAUAUGUUCCUGAAGAUGCCUUCUUACGCUUGAAAGACACUGGUAUUGGCCUUCAUACAAAGUCAGCAGAUGAGCUGGUCAAGAUGGCAAAUGAGUAUUAUGAUGAUGUUGCUUUGCCUAAGCUGGUGACAGACUUUGCAUCACUGGAACUUUCUCCAGUUGAUGGUCGUACACUGACUGACUUCAUGCAUCUCAGAGGAUUACAGAUGCGUUCUUUAGGUCGCGUGGUUGAACUUGCAGAUAAGCUUCCCCAUAUACAGUCUCUUUGUAUCCAUGAAAUGGUUACUCGAGCUUUCAAGCAUGUACUUCGAGCUGUCAUUGCUUCAGUUGAGAAUAUGGAUGACAUGCCCACUGCUAUAGCUACAGCCUUAAAUUUCUUGCUUGGGUCUUGCAAUGUCGAAAAUAAUGACCCAAGUGAUGAAGUUCUCAAAUUACAAUGGUUGCGGACAUUUUUGGCAAAAAGAUUUGAUUGGAGACUGAAAGAUGAAUUCCAACACUUGAGAAAGUUAUCAAUUCUCCGAGGACUUUGUCACAAGGUUGGACUGGAGUUGGUCCCAAAGGACUAUGAUCUGGAAAACUGCACUCCAUUCACGAAGUCUGACAUCAUCAGCAUAGUGCCAGUUUGCAAGCAUGUAGGGUGCUCCUCUGCCGAUGGGCGCACUCUACUUGAGUCAUCCAAGAUUGCAUUAGAUAAAGGGAAGCUAGAAGAUGCUGUUAAUUAUGGUACAAAGGCUCUGGCAAAGAUGAUAGCCGUUUGUGGUCCAUAUCAUCGUGCAACUGCAAGUGCUUACAGUCUUCUUGCUGUUGUUCUGUAUCACACUGGAGACUUUAAUCAGGCGACUAUAUAUCAGCAGAAAGCAUUAGACAUCAACGAGAGGGAAUUGGGGCUUGACCAUCCAGAUACGAUGAAGAGCUAUGGGGAUCUAUCAGUGUUUUAUUACCGUCUUCAACACAUUGAAUUGGCUCUGAAAUAUGUCAACCGUGCUUUGUAUCUUCUUCAUUUCACAUGCGGGCUUUCUCACCCAAACACAGCAGCUACUUACAUAAAUGUAGCUAUGAUGGAAGAGGGUAUGGGAAAUGUUCACGUUGCUCUCAGAUAUCUGCAUGAAGCUCUUAAGUGCAACCAAAGACUACUAGGAGCAGAUCACAUACAGACUGCUGCUAGCUAUCAUGCCAUAGCCAUUGCUCUUUCCUUGAUGGAAGCAUACACCCUCAGCGUGCAACAUGAACAAACUACAUUACAAAUUCUUCAGGCUAAACUGGGCGCAGAAGAUCUUCGUACUCAGGAUGCGGCUGCUUGGCUUGAAUACUUUGAGUCAAAAGCCUUGGAACAGCAAGAAGCUGCACGUAAUGGAACUCCAAAACCAGAUGCAUCCAUUGCCAGCAAAGGUCAUCUGAGUGUGUCAGAUCUCCUUGAUUUUAUAAGUCCAGAUCAGGAGUCAAAGGCGGCAGAUGCUCAGAGGAAAAGGCGUUCAAAGGUUUCUUCAGUUGGUGAUAAAACCCCUGCAGAGCAGCAAGAAACAAAGAGUGAAAAUACCAUUUCCCCUCCAGAGCAGAAAGAGCGCAAGAGCGAGGGCAAGAGUGAAACCACCAUUAACAUUGGAAGCAUAGAAAUCAGCGCCAUAGUGGAGGAAACUAGCAGUGAAGACGAUAAAGUAGAUAACAAAGCCUCUCAGCAACAUUUCGAGGAUAAUGAAGUUAGAUAUGGUCGUCCACUUUCAGAAGAAAUCAUUUACGAAGUAAAGUCAGAAGAAGGGUGGCAGGAGGCAACUUCGAAAGGACGGUCAGGAAAUGGAGCUACUAGAAAGUUAAACAGAAAGCGUCCAGAUCUUGCCAGGUUAAAGAUAUCUAAUUACUCCAACUAUAAGGACAGUAGUCACAGGAAGGAUACUGUUUCACAGGGGCAUAAAGCUACGGUCAAGGCAGUUUCAGCUGAAAUGUCCCUUAUGAAACAAGCUGGCACUGUAAGUUUAAAUAGUAGUGAUGAUUCAAAUAAAGCGCCUGGAAAGAUUCCUGGAGCCCCCAGAGUUCCUCCACUUCCUGCCUCUCGAACAGCAUUAGCUUCAAAGUCAUUGUCAUACAAAGAAGUGGCAGUCGCUGCACCAGGUACGGUUCUAAAGCCCUUACUGGAGAAAGUAGAAGAAUUAAGUGAGGAAAAAACUGACAACCAGAUAUGCAUUAGUCCAAAAGAGACAGACCAGCAGGACGGGAGCGACCGAAUUCCUGUAAAUGACUCAACACCAGAUCAUGAAAACCCAAAAGGAGAGAAUGAAGGUGAUAUUCAGGAAACUGGAUCUGAGCUGGUGUAUUCCCGCUCAGACACUGAAGAUAAUUCAUGUACCAGCAACCAGGAGAAACCUGCAGAGACAAAUGGAAGCAAACUCUCAGCCGCUGCUCAGCCAUUUAGUCCAGGUGCCUAUCCUUUGAGUCAUCCAUUGAACCCCCCUGCUGUGACUAGUGUCUAUGAUGUUGUAGCCAGCCAAGGCACACUCACAGAACCAGUGGUGUUCCCAUCAGUUGCUGCUCGAGUUCCUUGUGGUCCUAGAUCACCUAUGUAUUACAGGGCAAGCCAUGGUUUCCGGAUCAGACCAGGGUUUUUGAAUUACCAAAUUCCUGUUUCUGAAAGAAGUCAUUUUGCUUCUCCAAAGACAAUGAACCCACAUGCACCUGAAUUUGUUCCUGGAAAAGCAUGGCAAAUGAAUGCAGCAGCUGAAGAUUCAAAACCCACUACUGAUUUUGAUUCUUCUACUGAUUCCAAUACCAUGGUUAUUGUGGCUGAUGGAAGCGAAAGGCUUGACGAAAAUGUUACAACUGAUGUUAGAGGAGAAAAAUCCAAGAAAAACACUUCUGAUGCAGAGAAAGCAGAGUUGGCAAGGCAGAUACUGCUAAGUUUCAUAGUUAAGUCAGUAAAGAAUACUUCAGAUACUCCAACAGCAGCUCCAGUCAGUGACAAGAAGCAGGAAUUUUCAAGUAAUUCUGCUGAAGCAGUCGCAAAUGACAGUGCUAUCAUAAAGAUUUUCUAUGGGAAUGAUGGAAAAGCAGCAGCAUCCACAUCUGAUAUCAAUAGCAGUGAGCGACAAAAACUGGUUGAUGUAAAUAAAAAUAAGACAAGAGAUGGGGAAGGUUUUGUGCUUGUCAGGAAGCGAAGAAGAAACAAGCAGCAAUUCACAAACAGCGUUGAUGGCCUUUACAGUCAACAAUCAAUCUGUGCCUCAGUACGUUGAAGAGAGAGUACUUGAGAAUGAGUUUCCUGUUUAGCAUUUUCAUCUUCUCAAUCAUGAAGAUAACCAAGAAAAAAGUAAACGGCCGAUGUUAAGCUGUAGUUCAAGAUACAGACCUGAUAGGGACUCCAUUGUAUUUGGUCCUAUAUAAUUGAUCAAAAUGGGCUCCUAGAGCGUUCCAUCAGUUGAGAUAGAGGCUGGUGAUUUCUCACCCAAAGAUUUUUGAAUGAUGUACAAAUUCCUUGGUUCUUUGCCUUUAGUUCUCUUUGAAGCUACAGUUUUAUCCUUAAUGAAAGGUUCACCAGGAAACCGCAUAUUCUUUCCCUGUUUCAUGAAA